AUCGAUUGCAACAAUAAUGACGAAUUUGAUAUCUAACUACCCAUCUUUCCCACAUUACAAAUUUCACUUUAUGCCAAACCACAUCUUUCUGCUUCCUUGGACCCAUCGCCUUAUUCUGCCGGGCUACUCUUUGUGUCACCAUCCCUGUUCUAUACUCAUCUUUUCAUGGUGCCAAUGAUUCAGUAAGACUUUGAGUUUGAAGAUUUGGAAGAGUUGGACAUCUCUGAAAUGGCCAGUUUAAGAAACUCUUUGUUUGGAGCAAGCUUCUUUUUUGUGUGGUUCCAUUGGGCUUUGUUGCUUACUAGAGGAAACAGCCAACUUACCAAUCCUGAUGAAGUGGGAGCAUUGCGUUCCAUCAAGGAAAGUUUGGUUGACCCAUAUAAGAAUCUCAGAAAUUGGAAGAAGGGAGAUCCAUGCACUUCAAAUUGGACUGGUAUAUUAUGCUAUAAUGCAACAAAGAAGGACGGUUAUCUUCAUGUGCGAGAACUACAACUACUGAAAAUGAACCUGUCUGGAAGUUUAUCACCUGAGCUGGGGCGCUUAUCUUAUUUGGAGAUACUAGAUGUGAUGUGGAACACAAUUGGCGGGAGUAUACCGCACGAGAUAGGGAAUAUUACGUCACUCAAAUUAUUGCUUCUGAAUGGAAAUAAUCUGACGGGUUCCUUACCUGAAGAGAUUGGCCAUCUUCCUAACUUGGAUAGGAUACAAAUUGACCAGAAUCAUAUAUCUGGGCCCUUGCCUGCAACUUUCGCAAAUUUAAACCGAACAAAACACUUCCACAUGAAUAACAAUUCAAUUAGUGGACAAAUCCCACCUGAGCUUUCUAGACUUCCGAUGCUUGUUCACUUGUUACUUGAUAAUAACAACUUAUCUGGAUACCUACCACCAGAACUAGCUGAAAUGCCAAAUUUGCGCAUAAUUCAACUAGACAAUAAUAACUUUGAAGGAAGUCUGAUACCUGUUUCCUAUGGAAAGAUAUCUCACCUGUUGAAGCUGAGUCUCAGGAACUGCAGCUUGCAAGGACCAGUACCAGAUCUGAGCAACAUAGAAAACCUUACAUAUAUAGAUCUUAGCUUCAACAAGCUUGCAGGGAGCAUACCAACACAUAAGCUCUCUGACUAUAUCACAACCAUCGAUCUAUCACACAACAAUCUGAGUGGAAUUAUACCUACAAACUUUUCCAGCCUCCCUAAUUUGGAAAGAUUGUCACUUGAAAACAAUGCAUUAGCGGGUUCUGUACCAUCCAAAUUUUGGCAAAAUAAGAAACUCAAGGGUACUAAGAAACUCAUCUUGGAUUUUCAGAACAAUUUGCUCUCAAAUAUAUCGGGAAGUCUAGUCAUACCACCAAAUAUCACCAUCAGAUUCCAUGGAAACCCCUUGUGUAGAAACGCAAACACAAUUGAUGUCUGUGGCUCUGAUGAUGACAAUUUCAAUGAUAACUUGGACAUGAACAACUCCACAUCCUGUCCCGUCAUGGGUUGCCCCCCUCCCUAUGUAUAUGCCCCGCCUGCUAAUAGUUGCUUCUGUGGCCUACCUCUACUAGUGGAGUAUAGACUAAAAAGCCCUGGAUUUCGAGACUUCCUGCCACACCAGAUUGAGUUUGAGGAUUACCUGACAACUGGACUUAUGCUGAACUUUUCACAGCUAGACAUUGAUAAAUUUACUUGGGAAGAAGGCCCUCGGGUAAAAAUGAACUUGAAGCUAUUUCCAACCUAUAUUGACAGCAGUAGUUUACAUGAGUUCAAUAAGAGUGAACUCUUUCGAAUAAUGAGUAUGUUCACUGGAUGGCUGAUACCUGAUAGUGAUCUAUUUGGACCAUAUGAACUUCUUGGUUUCAAUCUAGUGGGAAAUUAUAAAGAAGAUAUUCCUCUCCAUUCACCAUUUCCUAUAAGCAAAGGAUUUCUUGCUGGCAUCAUAGUAGCAGCAAUUGCCUGUGCAGUCGCAAUUUCUGCGUGUGUAGCGCUCCUCAUUUUGAGGCUACAUGUGCAAAAACACGAUCCAGUAUCUAAGAAGCGUCGAACUUCUAUCUCUGUCAAAAUUGAUGGUGUGAAAGACUUCACUUAUCAAGAAAUGGCACUGGCAACAGAAAACUUUCACGAUUCGUGCGUAAUUGGACAAGGAGGUUAUGGCAAAGUAUAUAAAGGCAUUUUGGUUGAUGGAACAGAUGUAGCCAUUAAACGUGCUCUAGAGGGAUCUUUGCAGGGCGAGAAGGAAUUUCUUACAGAAAUCGAACUACUUUCUAGGUUACAUCACAGGAACCUGGUUUCUUUGAUUGGAUACUGUGAUGAAGAAGGUGAUCAGAUGCUUGUGUAUGAAUACAUGUGUAAUGGUACUCUCAGAGAUCACCUAUCUGGAAAGUUUGAUGAGCCCCUCAGCUUUGAUCAGCGGUUGAGAGUGGCCCUAGAGUCUGCAAAGGGGAUUCUGUAUUUGCAUGCAGAAGCUGAUCCACCUAUAUUCCAUAGAGACAUCAAGGCUAGCAACAUACUCCUAGACUCAAAACUCACAGCUAAAGUUGCUGAUUUCGGACUUUCAAGGCUUGCUCCUGUUCCUGACCGUGAAGGAGUUUUGCUCGACCAUGUAUCAACCCUUGUUAAGGGUACUCCGGGAUACCUUGAUCCAGAGUAUUUCCUCACUCACAAACUCACUGACAAGAGUGACGUUUACAGUCUUGGUGUUGUGUUUCUUGAGCUAUUGACUGGAAGGCCUGCUAUUUCACAUGGUAAAAACAUUGUUAGGGAGGUCAACAAUGCAUACCACGAUGGUGUGAUAUUGGAUGUCAUUGAUGAACGAAUGGGAUCUUAUCCAUUAGAAUGUGUGGAAGCAUUUGUUACGCUUGCCCUAAGGUGUUGCCAAGAGGAGACAGAUGCCCGGCCUUCAAUGGCCGAAGUCACUCGAGAACUCGAUCGUAUAAGCCGUAUGAUGCUGGAGCUGGAUAGCGGGACUAAAGAAUCUCAGUAUAUGGGUGCCACAGUCAAGGCCAACAAGAGUACAUCUCCGUCAUCAUCGCCUAUGAAACAUCCUUUUGCUUCGUCGGAUGUCUCUAGUAGUGCCCUUCUCAGUGGAAUUCUCCCUUCAAUCUCUCCCAGAUGAUACUUCCUCAAAACUUCUACUGCAAAACAAAAGUUCUCUGUGUUGUACUUUUACUUGUUUGAGGAAGGACAUUUUAUGUUUUCCUGGGUAAGUAUAUAUUACUCAUUGGCGUAUAAGUAUUUGAGCAUUUUGUUGCUUUUGCAAGAUUAUUGCAAGGACAAAAAGAGGGACUUCCAACUAUGAUCGAAAAGAAGAAAUAUUUGUAAAUUAUCUUGAUAGGUAAUUAAUACCGAAAAUGAAAACUUCUGUAAAGAGAUAAUUUACGUAUUGUUUGGAAUGUUACCAUUUGAGCUAUUAUUCAGUAUACGUAUUGCUCACAGCAAAUGCAUGCGCAUGUACAUCUUCACGUUGUCACGUGCUUGAUUUCUUUAAAUAGGCAUACUUCACC